AGUUUCCUGAGUUUCUGAGAAGGCCUGGUCUCCCCAAAGGAGUGAUUUCUAGUAGAAAUCUGAAGGUCUGAUCCAAGGAGAAAAAAAAUCCAAUAUAGCCAAUGAAUUAAGGACAAGAAGGUUUCCAAUCAGUCCCUGCUAUGUGGAUAUUUGUUAGCAAUGACUGAUGUGGAAACUACCUAUGCAGAUUUUAUUGCUUCAGGAAGAACAGGUAGAAGAAAUGCAAUACAUGAUAUCCUGGUUUCCUCUGCAAGUGGCAACAGCAAUGAAUUAGCCUUGAAAUUAGCUGGUCUUGAUAUCAGUAAGACAGAACGUGAAGAAGAUGGACAAAAAAACUCAACAGAACCAAGUGGAGAAGGGCAAGGGGAAGCAGCAAAAUCUGAAAGCUAACACCCCACUUUGACCUUCAACAACACCUAAGGAUGUCUCCAAUCUCCAGGCUCGGCUGGAAUGCAUUUGUGUCUAUGGGUGAAAAGGGGAAAAAGAAAAUGGCUGUGCUGCAUUGCAGGAACCUGCUCGUUACCAUGUUAAAAAUGGGGGCAGAGGCUGUGGCUGCAGACAGACGUUUCCGUACCUCUGUCAUUAGCAAUGGUUGAGGUCAUGUGGCUUGUGUUUGGAUGUCCUUUGUGUAUGGAUCCUUUCACUUGACCAUAUGAUGAAAUGCUUGUAGAGAGUAGCACCGACACUAGAUGGUGAUUCUUCCUGUAGCAUCUGGCCCCUCACAAUGUCAGAGGAUUUAAUUGUGUCUAAUUGCAAAGGGUUGAUUGAACCCCAGAGUUUAAAGAUCUCUGGCCCAAGUCUUGACCCAGUAAAAGAACCAUCCAGAAAGCACUGUUUUUAGAAUUAUAUAUCCAUGUGUUCCUGCUGUGUUAUUUACACUGUUUUGUAUCGUACCAUAUAGACGCUCAGCACUGCCCCCUUCUCGGAUUGCUUGUGAAAAACAAAAAUGGUGUAUGUGACUGUGAAUUUUUAUACCACUCAUUUUUAAAAGGGCUGCCUUUUUUUUCCCCCUGUAGUGUGGUGGUGUACACAGGAUAGAGCACAGUUUUUUUUUAACUGAAUUUUUCCCCUUGGUCACUGUAGGUGAAUUUAAUCUAAUAGAUUCAUCAAGACUCCAUUGCUUUAUUAUAUUGGCAUUUAACAAUAUCCCUUGAUGUGAAUAUUACCUGAAUUCAGUCUGUUUGACCAGAAUUCAACCUAUCAGUUUUGUUUCAUGUCCAAGAGAAGAGUUUUUCCCAACUAAUAUUUUUAUUUAAUUAUGAGAAUUUUGGAGAACUGGGACGGUCGAAAAGAGAAGACAGAUAAUACUAAGAACUGGAAAUAUUUUGUUCUAUUGGAAUCAAAUGUCUUAAAAUGCUGUAUGUGACUAUUUAAAUUUGGAGGACAACUUACUUCCUUGAGGCUACAAAUGAUGGAGAAAAGAUCUCCUUUCAAUCGUGUGGACACCAAUCACAAAAGUAAAGCCCUUGUGUUGUAUUUUUCAUGGUUUUUGUUUUCAGCCCUAUCAGAUCCAAAUGUUAUUAAGCACUUUUUAAUGUUUGUAAACUUUUACUAAUAAUUAGUGUGAAUUACAUUCUGAUACAAUAAUAAUCGUCAUUAGAAGUUAACGAAAUCUUCCUUAAUACUGUUGAUGGCCUCUGCUGUGUUUUGACAUCAUGGUACUUAUUGUAUGGAAACUUUCUGUGAGCUGUGUAAUUCCUCUGGUCAGUAUUAUGAAAUCACUCGUCAGUGGUAAUAAAUAAGGAAC